CAGUGUAGGAGUUCCAGCAGCGGAGAAGGGGAGAGGUAGGGACGUUGGGCUCUUUAUGUGAGAUGGGGGACGAUCGACCUUUUGUGUGCACCGCCCCAGGCUGUGGACAGAGAUUUACCAAUGAAGACCAUCUAUCAGUCCACAAACAUAAGCAUGAGAUGACCCUAAAAUUUGGUCCUGCCAGAACUGAUUCCGUCAUCAUCGCAGACCAGACCCCCACGCCCACCCGCUUCCUGAAGAACUGUGAGGAGGUGGGUCUGUUCAAUGAGCUGGCCAGCUCCUUCGAACAGGAGUUCCGGAAGGCCCAUGAGGAUGACCAGAGGAACAAAAACCCGGUGAGGCUCCCCACCCCUCAUCUUCUGGCCCCACCCCUACAGACCCUGUCUGGGGUGAAGGAGGAGGAUGAGGGGCCUCUGGAGGUUGACUCCUCCCCCCCAGGCAGUCCUGACUCCACGUCCAGCAUGUCGGACAGUAGCAAGGAGCCAAUGGGGAGAGGAAAGGAGACUCUUCCUCCUCCACGACCAGUGUUGAGCUCCACCCCCACGCCAACCAUUGUACGGCCUGGGUCCCUCCCCAUUCACCUUGGUUACGACCCCCUGCACCCGACACUGCCGUCGCCAACUUCUGUCAUCACACAAACCCCACCCUCCAACAGACAACUGGGCUCUCCGACAGGCUCCUUCCCACUGGUAAUGCAUCUCCCCAACGGACAGACGGUCCCUCUCCUCCCCAGCCCAAAUAUGACCUCAGUCAUAUCUCUGGCGAGGCCAUUUAAUAUGGUGCCCAACAUCCCUGGGAUUCCAGGCCCUCCGAUUGGUGGGACCAGCAGCGGCUCCUCCUCCCCAUCUGGGUAUAGUCUACACUCAGAGGCCAAGAUGAGGCUGAAGGCGGCGCUGACCCAGCAACACCCCGCUGUCCCCCAGAGACAUGAGCAGUGCCAGCAGCCCUCGCAGCAUUCUGACACCCCCUCACCUGCACAGCCACAGGUGUCCCCGGCCCAGCCCACCGGGGGUAGGAGGCGGCGGGGUGCGGAGGCCGACCCAGAUGAGAGAAGGCAGCGCUUCCUGGAGAGGAACAGGGCGGCGGCGUCUCGCUGCCGACAGAAACGCAAGGUUUGGGUUGGCUCUCUGGAGAGGAAGGCAGAGGACCUGGCUACCAUGAACGUCUCUUUGACCAAUGAAGUGGGUCUGCUGAGGAACGAGGUGACACAACUGAAACAGCUGCUACUGGCCCACAAAGACUGCCCUGUCACUGCCAUGCAGAAGGCGGCUGCCUACUUAGCUGCAGGAGGAGAGGAGAGCUCCAGGGAUCCCCCCUCCGAGCCUAUGGGCUCCACAGCCUUGGUCAUCCAGCACGGGCCUUCGGCCCCUGUCCCCAGCCCUGGUGCAAUCACCGUCAACGGGCUGAGUGUAUGCGCGGCUGAGGCAGUGGCCAUGUCGGUCCUGGCCGGGAUGGGGGCGGCCCACCAGGGAGGGGUCCUCAUGGCGCCACAGCCUCAGCCUGCCCCCAGAUGAUGCACAGGGAGCCAAUAAGAACUUUAGGAGGCCGGACUGGUACAAUUAUGUGAGAGAUUGAAAGGGACCUGAUUUGAAAUCUGAAAUCCCACCAGUUGUUAAUAGAAGGGGGGUGAGAAGUACUAUCUCCAACCUAUGCUCAGACCUUGGAUACAGUGGCAGCCAGGAAAGGAUGUUGGGAGUUGACAUCCUGUCAAAGCCACAGAACCCCCCCACCCCCCAAACACACACACACACACACUCGCUUACAGCCAAUGAUAAUCACUGAACAUACCGAGUAGUCCCGCCCCUUUUGCCCCUUUUCUGAUGGAUCCCUGCUUGGAAGCACUGUCACUGCGUAUAUACAAGCGUAUGUACAUACUCGCACCCCGUGACAUACACACACACACACACACACACACACACACACUCGAUCACCGAAUGUAGUGUGUUUUUGUCUAUUUGCAACUCUCUCCCCUGUCUACAGUGUAAAUCUCUCCUUACAUAUUUAUCUUCUUCAUGCAGCUGUUAAUCCAUGGGGAAACUCUUUUUAGGGCUGAAUAAGCGUGAGAUAUUGUUUUCCCUUUGUCAUGGAGUGAGCCAAAGUAUGAGUAUGUUCAAUGUCUGGCCUUUUUAAAAAUGUGUAUUAUUAUUGUUUUUUUUUAUAGGAAUUCUGCAUUCUGACAAUGUGUAUGAAACCCUUAUUGACUGCAUGGAUAUUAGAGGAGACUGAUGAAGACCA